ACGAGGAGCAGUAACAAGAAUUGCAGAAUCACUGCCUAAAUUCUAAUAAAUGCAAGGAAUUCGGGAGGUGAAUAGCUCGGAAUUCGGAAUUUAAUUCUACUAAAUGAAUUCCGAUGCCGAAUUCCAAUAGUUUAGACCUACUUUUUGUUGCGGAACCAGAAAAUUUCGGGACAAAAAUAGUGCCGGGAUGUACAUUUUUUUUUCCGAAUUACAAAUAGUACAAUAUUAUGAUACCGUGAAAUUGCUGAUAAAGUGCUCGGAUAGUGUUCAAAAAACAAAAGAAAGCAAAUACGUGUGGCUGAAAAUUUUCCAGUGCAUCGUUAAGCGUCGUUUCCAUUUGUACGAAGCUGGCGGUGCAACAAUUCGAAAAUUCUACGAAAUCGCGAUUUCUUUUUCGGUUCUCUCAAUCACAUGCAAACACUCACAUGCACCGACUAUGAUGACAUUUUUUUGGAAUCUGGCAUUUUUCAAUAGGACAGACAAAAAAAAUAAACAAAAAACGCUCCUUGAGUAACUAGAAUUUAAUUUGUCCUUCGCUCUGCACAUUAUAUGGAUACCAACGAAUAAGGCCUCAUAAUGUCGUUCUCAACUCUUCCUGUGCCCACUUUCGACCGCCCUUUCGGCGUUUACCUGUUCGACCACUUCGAUGAUUUGGUCUCAAAGCUCACUGGCGGCCGUUUUGUUCCUAGCAAAUUUGAUUUUGUCGCAGGAGAGACUUUUUUCUCUACGCCGGUGCCUGUCCUUGGUGCCAUCGUUCUCUAUUACGUUGUCAUCUUUGGUGGUCAACAUAUUUUGAAAACCAACAACUUCAGACCGCUGGUUCUCAACGGAUUGUUUCAACUCCAUAAUUUGCUUCUCACUAUUUUGUCCUUGACGCUCGUGACUUUGAUGGCCGAGCAACUGAUUCCAAUGAUUCACAAACACGGACUAUAUUAUGCCAUCUGCGAUCCCGGUGCAUGGACUCAGCAGAUGGUCGUUCUGUACUACCUCAACUACCUCACCAAGUUUACAGAAUUUAUUGACACUCUUUUCCUAGUGGUGAAGCAGAAACGCUUGACGUUUUUGCACACCUACCACCACGGUGCUACGGCACUUCUGUGCUACACACAGCUGAUCGGCCUGACCUCGAUCUCGUGGGUCCCAAUCACACUUAACCUCUUUGUCCAUGUGGUCAUGUACUGGUACUAUUUCCUCGCUGCCCGCGGUAUUCGCGUCUGGUGGAAAGAAUGGGUGACGCGUUUCCAAAUCAUUCAGUUUAUUUUGGAUUUGUCCUUCAUCUACUUUGCUACCUACCAGAAGCUUGUCCAUAAUUUUGCCCCAUCGCUGCCUCAUUGUGGUGACUGUGCGGGCACGCCUCUAGCCACCAUCAGUGGCUGUGUCAUCAUCUCAUCCUACCUCGUUCUGUUCAUCGCAUUCUAUAUUGAGGUGUACAAAAAGAGCUCGAAGAAAGCCAAAGUCGUCCGCAGAGUUAGAGGUGGUGUUGCUGCCAAGGUCAACGAGUACGUUUAUCUUGACAAGCAAACAUUGCAGUCCAACUACGACUCCAACACCGGAUCGCCUUUGCCUGUUCCAAGACAACGCAAUCUCAGAUCUACAAAGAAGAAGAUUUAACUUCUCCCUUGUAUAACUCUAGCAUGAAAACAUAGUCCCAGAAUUACAUCUUCAUCCCUUCACUAUUAAGCACACACUGGGCACGACGGUUAGCCAAAUGAAAUGCUUUUUUUAGAUCCUCCUUUGUGACUCCGGCAGCGCCGUAAACACUAAGGCCGCUCAAUGUGCUGCCGUUUGAGCUCACCAUUAUCCUUGUGUCUAUGUUUUCUUCGGCCUCGCCUUCCAGCUCUGCCAGCAGAAUCUUGCCGUCCGUGUCAAUCUCCAUUUUAUCCUCAUCAUGAGGAACGGCUUUGUCCAGCUCUACUAGUCCAAAUGUCGAGCUCCAAGAUAUUCUAUCUUCGUUCAAUUUCAAGAGCUCGUUUUUCUCGGCAUCACACUCGAGAUCGUAGUCCUCAACUCGUACCCGACGAACCCCCACCUCAAUUCGUUUCUCAGCAAUGUAGACAGCAGGAAGACGGGUCUGUCGAAGCGCAGAAAUAAGUGCCCCGUAGCACAGGUCAUACACUGGGCCAGCGCGCGAGAAGACCUGAAUGGUAGCGUAUAGCACAAACGAGUAGCCUGUUUGCGGCAGGAACUCCUGUUCUAGCUCCUCCCCUCCCUUGCACUCAAGCUGGAUCUUCAGAGCGUUGCGGUCAAUCAGGCCAGAAUGGUAGAUGGCUUCGUAUAGCCUCUGCGAGAUGGCAAUCUCCUCCUCGUUCGGUGGCCCACUCCCGCCACGCGAGAUCUCAACUUCUGUGUAAACGGUCGCAUUUUUGCUAUCUCUAUGUGUUUCGCUGUCUAUUAUAUCUUUUUCGAGCUUUGUUCUGUAGUCGUUAACCAGCUCAUGAUCGUCCUCAACAAUCGCACCGCUAAUCAGACAUAUGACAGUAGUCUUGCCUGAUUUCACGAUCGAGGACCCAAGCACGCUACCAACACCGUUAAUGUCGCCGUUAGGCUCGUUAGACUCGUACCUUCCGACUCCAGCACGGCCGAUUACGACAGGCUUGAAUUCGUCAAACUUCCGUAACGAAGGGCGUAAACCAAUUUGCAGAUACUUCUGGAGUAGUACUUCGGGUGCAAUCUGGG